AUGGGCGCUAGUUUAGUAUAUCUAGAGAAACCAAACAAGGAAAUCAGCUUUGAAUCAGGUGAGAAUGAGCACCUCAGAUACGUAGCCGGAGAGAUGCAAGGCUGGAGAAUCAAUAUGGAAGACGCACACAUCACAAAUCUGAGUUUUGUAAAGGGAUCUAAGAAUCUUGCCCUAUUUGGUGUGUUUGAUGGCCAUGGAGGGCGAGAGGUUGCAAUAUACACAAAGGCACACUUAGAACAGACCAUCAAGGACAACGAGAAGUUUAAGCUAGAAGAUUAUAAAGAAAGUCUCAGAUAAAGUUUCUUAGAAAUAGAUAAACAAUUGGAAAAAGAACCAGGCAGAGAAGAAAUAGCCACAAUGAAGAGAUAAAAUCCACCCAACAAGGCUCCUCUGUUCAAGCUGCUCGGAGAUAUUUCAAAUACCGCUUCAGAAGGUGGCAAUGAUAAUUUGAUGCUAGACUCAAUUGGUUGCACUGCAAACUGCAUUUUAAUAGAAGAUAUGAAAAAGUUAUAUGUUGCUAAUGCUGGUGAUUCCAGAUGUGUAAUGGCACGUGGAGGCAAAGCUAUUCCCCUCUCAUAUGAUCACAAGCCUGACAAUGAUGAGGAGAAGCGAAGAAUUGAAAAGGCUGGCAGUCAAAUUGUGGAAGGCAGAGUUGACGGCAACCUAAAUCUCAGCAGAUCCCUUGGAGACUUGAAAUAUAAAUAAAAUAAAGAACUCACGCCAGAGGAGCAUCCAGUAACAGCCAACCCCGACGUUCUUGAGUUCGAUCUAAAUGGUGAUGAAGAUUUUAUCAUUAUGGGUUGCGACGGCAUCUGGGAAACUAAAUCUAACCAGGAAAUGGUUGACUUCAUAUACGAAAAAAUAAAAGAAGGCAAGGAAAGCUAAUAGAUCGUUGAUGACCUACUAAAUGAUAUAUGCUCUCCCGACUAUACAUAAACAGGUGGCGUUGGCUGCGACAACAUGACUUCUAUCUUGAUAUAAUUCUAGAAGAAUAAGUGA